AUAUAACCAUUCCACAAGACCACAACACAUAUAUCCUGGUAGAUUUUAGUAUAGCUAAAAAACCAGGAGACAAUGUUUUCCUACACAAAAACCUAUUUUUUUACUUUCUUUUCAUUCAUCAUUCUAAUAAUACUUAUCAGUUUCAAAUUGAUCUCAUUUCAAAAAAAAACCAAGAAAAACUUGCCACCAUCUCCCCCAAAACUUCCAAUUAUUGGAAACCUUCACCAAUUGGGCUCAAGCCCACACCGAUCUCUUCGGGCCUUGUCAAAAAAACAUGGUUCACUCAUGUUCAUGCACUUUGGCAGUGUACCCGUUCUUAUAGCUUCAUCCGCCGAAGCAGCCAAAGAAAUUAUGAAAACUCAUGAUUUAAAAUUCGCUAGUCGACCCAAGCUAAAAAUUGUUGACACCAUUAUAUAUGGGUCAAAUGACAUAACAUUUUCUCCUUAUGGAGAACAUUGGAGACAAGUAAAAGGGAUGGCAGUAAUCCAUUUAUUAAAUAGCACAAGGGUCCAAUCAUUUCAACAUAUUAGAGAAGAAGAAAUGAAUCUUAUGCUAGAAAAAAUCAAAAAAAGUUGUGAUACUAUAGUAGAUAUAAGUGAAUUGAGUUUUUGGCUUAUAAACAAUAUUGUUUGUAAGGUGUCACUAGGAAGGACAUAUAGUGAGCUAAAGUUCACAGAUUUGUUAGAAAGGUUUGUGCAUGUGCUUGGUCUUAUAUGCAUUGGAAAUUAUAUUCCUUGGUUGUCUUGGAUUGAUAGGUUGAGUGGUUUAGAUGAUAAAGCAAAUGGAGUUGCCAAAGAUUUUGAUGCAUUUCUUGAAAGUGUUGUUAGAGAUCAUGAACAUAAAAGACAAAGGAUGGAUGGUGGUCAAAAUGAUAAAGAUAAGGAUUUGGUUGAUAUUUUAUUGGAUGUACAAAGAGAUGAUGCACUUGGCUUUACACUCGAAAGAGAUAUUAUUAAAGCUAUCAUUUUGGAUGUAUUUGCUGCUGGAACCGAUACUACAUAUGCAAGUCUUAUUUGGUCACUUAGCGAGCUAAUAAGACAUCCAAGGGUAAUGAAAAAGCUACAACAAGAAGCAACCGAAAUAGCCCAAGGGAGAUCUAUGAUCUCCGAAAAGGAUUUGGAGAAAAUGCCCUAUCUUAAAGCCGUAAUCAAAGAGACCUUGCGCUUGUAUCCGCCACUCCCAUUACUUAUCCCUCGAGAAUCGAUGCAUGAUGUCAAACUAUUGGGCUAUGACAUUCCGGCUGGGACACAAACGGUUGUCAAUGCUUGGGCAAUAGGAAGAGACCCUAACUUAUGGGACGAACCGGAGGAAUUUAGGCCAGAAAGGUUCUUGAACAACUCUAUUGACUAUAAAGGGCUUCACUAUGAGUUGCUUCCAUUUGGUUCUGGACGAAGAGGGUGUCCUGGAAUUCAGUUUGCCGCGGUUAUGUACGAGCUUGCAUUAGCUAAUGUCAUAUACAAGUUUGAUUUAAAGUUGCCAAAUGGAAGCAAAGACUAUUAUAAGGAUUUGGACAUGAGUGAGACAAAUAGCAUUACUUUGCAUAAGAAGUCUCCUUUACUUGUUAUGGCAACUCCUCGUUUUUAGUAGCUAUUUUUUCAUAUGUAACGUCCAAUAUUAAUCGAUCAUGCAUAAACAUCUACAACGAGAGAAAACUGGUGUAAUUUUUUUUUUAAAUUUGCUGAAUUUUAUUAAUAAAGUGGGUUGAAAAGGUAUCAACCAGAAUUACUACUACUA